UGCUAGUCUCAGUUGCGCAGUGAACGUCUUGCGAGGUGUCUGUGUAGUGCCUUAGACUACGUACUGAAAACCUCCAAACAAAAGCUUUUAACGUAGUUUUAUAACGAAGUGUUGCUAAAAAUGAAUCCUCAAUCGACUUAGGUAUCGUAUUGGUGAAUGAUAUAGUGUGUUACAUCAUUUUGAAAGCAUUCGAAAUGCCAAGGUCAGACUCGACCCCGUGGAAGGAAAUGUUUUUCCUCUUUGUGACAGGACUCUUGUACCUGACGGGGGGAGCGUCCGCGCAGGAGAACCUGAAGUUCAAAUGCCCAGAGAACGCCAAGUUCUUCUACCCGUGCAGCUGCGAGAGCGGAGGCGACAAGGGAAUCUUCCUGAAAUGCGAGAACACCAACCUGGCUUCCAUCGCUAUCGGUUUGAGCAACGUUCGCUUGCCGAUCGAGGAGCUCCGGCUGUACCGUUGCAACAUCAAGAAGCUCCGGGGAGACCUCUUUGGCGGCCUCCUCCUGCAGAAACUCGUCAUCGAAGAGACCCCGAUUUCGGAGUUCGACGAGAAUGUGCUCGCGCCCUUGGCCAACAGCUUGCUGGGGAUACACUUGUUUCAUCUCGACCUCCGAGAGCUGCCGACGAAGGCUCUGCAACCCUUGAGCAGUUUGGAGGUGCUGGAAGUUAAUGGAGCUAAUAUCACACAGCUGACAGAAGCAAUGGUUCCAAACUUACAGGAUCUGAAGGAGCUUCGUCUAAAUUACUGUGGAAUCAAAGGCAUGCAGAAAAAUGCCCUUCAGGGGCUCAAGAACCUCAACAGAAUAGACUUACAUCACAAUGAACUCACCAACAUUCCUAACGGAGCGUUCCGAAACAAGAGAAAUGUCAAACUUCUUGAUCUCUCCCACAACAAUUUCAACAAACUCGAACCAGGAUAUUUUCAAGAUCUGAACCAGCUGACAUGGUGUAAUAUGUCACACAACGCGAUCAAGGACUUUGGACGGAAUCCUUUUGCUCGUAACACUGUUAUGGGUUGGCUCAGUUUAGCCCAUAACCAGUUUACUGAGAUUGAUGCAAGAGCCCUAAGGUCUAUGAGAUUCUUACGAAGGCUAUACCUCAACGAUAACCAGAUUUCUAAGAUUGGGCGAAGUGCUUUCUCCAGCAUGAGGCGUAUAGGAACAAUUGAUCUUGCAAGAAACAAGAUGACUCAGAUUGAUGCCAAACUCUUUGAAGAAUUUGAGCACUGUGAAAUUAUCGAUGUAGCUGAAAAUCAGAUAACUACCAUCCAGAAAGGAGCAUUCAAAGACCUCUUUUUGGUUUCUAUAAACAUCAGUCAUAAUCAGAUAAAAACAAUUGAGGAGUCAUCAUUUAUAAAUACCCUGAAUAUCACUGUGCUUGAUUUAUCUUACAACAACAUUUCAUAUCUUCCUGAAGAAGCCUUCCCAGGGAAACUAAGUUACAUGACAGAAUUACGUUUACAGUACAAUAACAUUACAAACCUUGGUAAUAUCUCUUUCAACUUUCCUGGAAUCAAGAUUUUAAAUGCAUCCUAUAACCGUAUUGUAGAAAUCCCAAAGAAAACAUUCCCUAAACUAUACGAACUACACACAAUUGAUGUGAGUCACAAUCAGAUUAAAGAGAUAGGACGGGGUGUAUUCUCCAAUCUUUUCUCCCUGAGACACAUCAAUCUGAGUCACAAUAACCUUGAAGUCCUCUUUGGUAGUAUUUUCGGGACAAUUCCAACACUACUUGAUCUUGAUGUCUCGUACAAUCGUCUCAACAAAGUUGCUCGUGCAAUGUUUUCUAAUCUAUUUUCCCUGCGGGAGUUGUAUGUUAACAAUAACCAACUAACAGAAAUAUUCCUCAUUCCACAGUCACUAAAUUAUCUCUACCUCCAACACAAUAAUAUUUCAUACAUUCGUCCAGGUCUUGUUUGGCCACAAAUGAAUGCACUUCUGUACCUGAACCUAGACCACAACAAUCUUGGAGACUCAAUAGAGGCAGGUACUUUCCGCCACUUGAACUCACUCAGCACUCUCAGCCUCAAUAACAAUUCUAUAACUGUGCCUUCUUGGCAAGCCUUCAGUGAGUUGCAGACUCUCCAAUAUCUCAACUUAGACCACAACAAAAUAAAAAACAUAACAAGAGGCGCAUUUGGUCGUCUUCCAGUAGUAUUCAGACUUAACCUUGCUUACAAUGGGGUCUCCAACAUUAGCAAACAAGCCUUUGAGGGCCUAUUACAGUUACUGACUCUGAAUUUAUCACAUAAUGCACUAGACCAUAUUCCUAAUGAAGCCUUUAGGGGUUGCGUAUCCAUGCAAACAAUUGACCUUUCUCACAACUUCCUCAAAAAAGUUGAUAACGAAACAAACGGCCUCUUUGAUGAUCUCCUGUCUAUCCGUCACAUCAAUGUAUCCCACAACCUCUUCGGUACGGUAUCUAAAAAGAUGUUCCCUUACCAUAAGUGGAUACCAUAUAAUUUACAAACUGUGGAUCUAAGUUAUAACAUAAUGCCUGUUUUACAUAAAAAUCUCAUUAUAGGCAUGCAAAAGGUUAGAUUUCUAAAUGUAUCCCAUAACCUGAUCAAUGAAGUGCGACCAGGAGUUCUUGGAAAUCUGACUAAACUGGAAAUCUUAGAUCUGUCAUCAAAUGACCUAGAAGCCCUUGGUAAUGGAGUCUUCGGGAAAGAAGGGGCUUUACGUGAAGUGUACCUGCAAAACAACACUUUGAUAUCUGUUCCUGCUCAGGUUCUUAUGACCCACAAGAAUCUCACAUAUUUGGAUCUGAGUAACAAUAACCUACACAACUAUUAUGAGGAGUUUGUUCCGCGAGCAAUCAAUGGAACCACUGUCAGAUAUCAGAACAAUCCUGUGGAAUGUGACUGCACUUUACGAAAAAUCAGAGCAUGGUUAGAUACCUGGCUGGAUUCGCAGUCUUGGAACGAUGUAAUUUGUGCAAGACCUGCUCACUUAACCAACAGAUCACUGAACAAUGUCUUAGAGGGUGAACUUCGCUGCAGCGAUGAAAGGCGUGCAUAUGAUGAAUACCAAGUUAACCCUGAUGUACGAUUCCGACUGCAUGGGGACAAUCCAGAUGUCAUGGAAAAACUCGAUAUAUCCUGGUAUGUGACGACAAGAAAAGAUGUGGGAGGAUUUAUCCUAUCUGUACAUAACACAACAUCUGGUAAAGAAGUUGCCAGAAAUCCUGUCGGAUACACAACAAGAGAACAUAAAUUCCCAGAGGUACCAGGAGGGAGGUACAGGGUGUGCGUCGGUGCCCUUGACUCUGCUGAAAAUGUUCGUCCAAUUCAGCCUUCACAAUGCCACAGUUUCACAGUGAGCCAGUCAAGCAUUCUAGUUUCGUCAACCGUGCUCCUUGUCCUUGCAGUGUGUCUAUCCAUUUGUGGACAUUGUCUCUAU